AUGAUCUCUGCUAAGGAGAAGGCAAAAGCUCCCAAAGACAGCAUGACGCUUCUUCCCUGCUUCUAUUUUGUUGAGUUGCCCAUUGUCGCUUCCUCCAUUGUGACUCUCUACUUCCUGGAGCUGACAGACCUCUUCAGGCCAGCCAAGGUGGGCUUCCAGUGUUACGACCGAGCCCUUUCCAUGCCCUACGUUGAAAGCAAUGAAGAAAUGAUUCCUUUGCUGAUGCUGCUAAGCUUGGCAUUUGCAGCUCCUGCAGCUUCUAUCAUGGUGGGCGAAGGCAUCGUGUAUUGCUUGCAGUCCAAGACGAAGGGCCGUAGCAACACUGAAGGCAGCAUAAAUGCCGGCGGUUGCAAUUUCAACUCUUUUCUCCGCAGGACAGUCCGGUUUGUCGGUGUCCAUGUGUUUGGCCUCUGUGCCACAGCCCUGGUGACCGAUGUCAUCCAAUUAGCCACAGGAUACCACGCCCCUUUCUUCUUGACCGUCUGUAAGCCCAACUAUACUCUCUUGGCUAUCUCCUGCGAGUCCAACCCUUACAUCACUCAAGAUAUCUGCUCAGGUCAAGACCAGCACGCCAUUCUCUCAGCCAGGAAAACAUUCCCUUCUCAGCACGCCACCCUGUCUGCCUUUGCUGCUGUCUACGUAUCUAUGUAUUUCAACUCUAUAAUCUCAGACAGCACCAAGCUCCUCAAGCCAAUCUUGGUGUUUGGUUUUGCCAUAGCAGCUGGAAUCUGUGGCUUGACGCAGAUCACCCAGUACCGCAGCCACCCUAUUGAUGUUUAUGUGGGCUUCUUGAUUGGUUCUGGCAUUGCUGCUUACCUGGCCUAUCAUGCAGUGGGCAACUUCCGGGCACCAAUAGAAAAGGCUCCGUCUCAUCCUCCUGCCAAGGACGCUCUCCGAGCCCUGACUCAACGUGGCCAUGACUCCGUUUAUCACCAGAACAAGUCGGUCAGCACCGAUGAACUCAACCCCCAGACCCGGCUGGAAGGGAUGAACCGGCAAGUGCCACGUGAGAAAAACUCACUGGGGAGCUUGAAACGGGCCAGUGUUGACGUGGACCUUUUGGCACCCCGGAGCCCUAUGGGCAAAGAAAACAUGGUGACCUUCAGCAACACGUUACCACGGGUCAGCACCCCUUCAAUGGAUGACCCUGCACGCCGCCAUAUGACCAUCCACGUCCCGGUGGACGCCUCCCGGUCUAAACAGCUGAUCACUGAAUGGAAACAGAAAUCCGUGGAAGGCCGUGGAAUGACCUUGGCAGAAGAGGUAGCAAGGCGGGUUGCCUCAGAUUCCUUGGCUGGAGAAGAGGAGGAUCAUAUCCCACCUUCCUUGUACCCCACCGUCCAGGCGCGAACAGCUGAGCGUGCCUCUAUGGGUCCUCGGGUCCUCAUCCAGCCAAGACCCAGGGCCACUCAACUGGUCCACAUCCCUGAGGAAAGUCAAGCUAACGCCGGUGCUAAUAUUUCCCCCAAAAGCAGCUCGGCUGUGAGGGCCAAGUGGAUGAUGAUGGCUGAGAAGGGGGCUGCCCAGCGGGUGGCCAACCCACCACGCCUCAUGCAGGUGAUUGCCAUGUCCAAGCAACCUGGGAUGGUAUCAGUGACACCCAAGCAUUCAGAGACAUCUUCGUCUUCCACCAGUUCUGACUCCUCCCAGUACUGCUCUCCAUCAGAAAGAGAUAGCUCUAGUGUGGUUACCAUCGAUGCCCAUGCCCCUCACCACCCAGUGGUACAUCUGUCUUCUGGAAAUGGCCCUUGGGAAUGGAAGGCCACCCAGAAAGCUUCGGAUAGCCAAGAUACUUACGAGCUCAACGAGAUGAGCAAAGAUUACCAUGGGUUCCGGCCUGCCAAAAGCACUGGAGUCUCACCGGGUUCUUCCGUCAGCGACAUUGAACAGGAGGAGGCCCGUUAUGGCAGUGUGGCCACCAUCAACGUGUCAGUGGGUCUGGGAGGGAGUUCAUCAUUGAUUUCAGCAGAAACCAGCCCAGGAGAAAGCCUUCUGGGGGCCUCCAGCCGGGAAUCCACGCUGCGGAGGAAACCAGCUAGCUUAACGGUGGGGGAAAAAGACGGGCAAGCAGAAGAGAUGGAAAACUAUUAUAAGAAGAUGCAAGCCAACCGGGGAUUUAAGGAAUAAUCCCAUCACCUACCUCUGGUCACUGCUACCUUGGACUAAACUAUGAUUAAAAUUGUGACUUUUUUCAAGCAAGUGUUGGGUUUCAGAUGGUGGGGACUUCAUAAGGAUUAUGUUCAAAAAACAAGGUAAAAUCAUCUGUUUUA